AUGGACUUGUCCGACUCCGUCCCUGUGGCUCCUCCGUUAGAACGAUCCGUCUCGCAGCAGAGCAACGUCUCGUAUCGCUCCCAUCGCAGCAUCCGCACCGGCAAGAACCGCGCGUUCCUCAACCACAAUCAUCACCACCUCAGCAGCUCCGCCAGUAGCAUUGCCGAGAGCGACAAGUCCCUCACCAGCUUCCCCAGCUUCUCGCCCGAGCUGCCCGGCACCGACCGCUUCGGCGAUGACAACGCAGACCACAACCAGCUGCACGCCGCCAUCCGCCAGCCCGACAGGACGGCCCGCGUCAAGGAGCUGAGCGGCGUGGGCUCGUCCAUCGUCGACAGCCUGACCUGGCGCAACUCGGCGCGCGAGGCCCUGUUUGAGGAUGCGCCGCUGUCGCAAACCGUACCCGGUGCGCUACAUAAAGCCGAUGACAAGCACCUGGAGCGACUGAUUGCGAGACACGGCGCCGUGACCCUGGUGAGGCAGAUCGCGGGCGACCUUGCGCAGAGAGACGCACAGAUAGCGACUCUGCGGCGGCGGGCGGAUGAGCGCGAGAGGGCGCUGAGAAAGAUUAUACGCGAGUGUGGACUGUCCAGCCUGGAGCUGGAGACGAGGCUGCGGGUGGUGGAGGCGGAACUACGCAAAAACGGACACUUUCAAAGAGACGGCGGAGGACUCAGUGAUUUGAUGAGCGACGCCAUGCGAGACACGGUGACGGAGGCUUCGGGCACGACCAGCAGUACGAUUCGCGCGCACGCCAGCAGCGUCCCCUCGGCGUCGGGUGGUAGUCCCGAGAACACAAAGGCUGGCACGGUCAAGGGGUGGAAAGACUUUCUCUGGGGUGGUACGUCGAAAAAGACAUCAUCGUCCAACAGACCUACGGUGAUACGAUCGCACUCUAGCCUCGGCCAGCGACCACCGCUGCAGGACGACCUCUUCGACCCCCCGACGACUCCGACCACUACUGGCCCUGGUCAGAACUCUAGCCGGCCGUCCAGCAUACACUCGGCCAACACUCCGGAGCGCAAAUCAAUCGCAAGCUUGACGCUGAGGCUCGUGGCUGGCGGCGCUGUCGCAAGUCGAGAGGCAGAGAGGGGACGUGCUGCGAGUAGUGCUGCCCGGACGGAGACAACCAGGGCCGCAUCAGCUGCUAGUAACCAGACCAGUCGUUCAUCCCGAGCCGUGUCUGUUGCCGGAGGCCCCAAAGCACUCAUGGCCAUGGGGAGAUCCACGCCCACCGCUGCCUCGGCCAGCGCGAAACUGCAGACCCAAGAGGUGCGAGGGAGCGGCUUGGGCAGCUCGCCUGGCGGAUCUACCCUGCGUCCGGAUAACUAUGGACCCGUCGAGAUGGACGCCAUCCUGCCUCCAGAGUCUCAGCCUCCGACACUAACGCAGAUGUACAACAACUACCCCAACAGCGAAUAUCUUACGGACCGAUUUGGCUUCAUCUAUGACCAGCGGCGCAAGAAGCGGCAGCGAGAGGCUUCGCAAAUGGCCCAAAACAUCCGAAAUGGCGAUCGCAGAGAAAUGAUUGGAAACGGCAACAGGACGGGCAUCUCGCCUAAUAUGCUGGGCGAUCCGCCGAGCCCCAAGAUGAGCGUGUCUAGUGACCCCCGGCCUGGGAGCCCCAGCUCUCAAGAGGAGAGAGCCUCGGGUGAAGAAAAGGCGAAGCGCUGGCAAGACUACCUGAAGAUUGCGACGUUUCCCACAGAGUUGCUGAGCCACACGCCUGGUAUAAGUGCCACGGCCGUGUCUGUGACCGAGGGCACUGACGAUCGAGCAAGCACUACGUCCAGCCAACGGCUGGUUGAGCGCUCAGCCCGAUCGCCUGCGAUAACGCCGACGGAGUCAGGACUUGUUCCCUUGGCAAGCACUACGACGGCCGUCGACAAUGAAACUACGGUCACUCAGCCACCGUCGGAGCAGCAGGACUCGACUUUUGGAACCCUCGUCAAGGAAGAUGCUGAGCCCGUCAAGCUGCUUCUUCAGCAGCUGAGUGACUUGCACGACUCCCUUCAACGAGACAAAACUACACAAUGGAACGAAUUUUUGCGUAAAGUCAGGGCAGAGAGGCAUCGUGAAGGUGAAGCCGCCAUAGCUGCAGCCACGGCGGCGGCAGAAGCUCGGUUUGAGAGUCCAGGCAUCAUUCUGCCAGAGGCCCGGGUUGCAGACGGUGAAAUGAUUGGCAUUUCUAAUCUGGGCAACAAGGGCAAGGUCGGGCGGGCCAAGUGGAACGGGUUCAAGACGCUGGUGCUCGGCGGUAUCCCCGUGCUGUAUCGCGCCAAAGUGUGGUCCGAGUGCUCAGGGGCAACGGCGCUGCGCAUCCCCGGCUAUUAUGAGGGACUUGUAUCUCAGAGCGGCGAAGACGACGAUGCUGCGGUUGUGAGCCAGAUCAAGAUGGACAUUAACCGGACGCUGACGGACAACAUCUUCUUUCGAAAGGGCCCGGGGGUACAAAAGCUCAAUGAGGUGCUCUUGGCGUACUCGCGACGGAACAAGGACGUGGGUUAUUGCCAGGGGAUGAAUCUGAUUGCGGCCAAUAUCCUGCUCAUUACGCCGUCGGCGGAAGAAGCCUUUUGGAUUCUGGCGUCGAUUAUCGAAAACAUUCUCCCUCACGGCUACUACGACCAUUCGCUGAUAUCCUCGCGGGCCGACCAGCAGGUCCUUCGGCAAUAUGUCCGCACGGUGCUCCCCAAACUGUCGGCGCAUCUCGACUCGCUGUCUGUUGAGCUCGAGGCCCUGACGUUUCAAUGGUUCCUCUCUGUCUUUACGGACUGCCUGUGCGCUGAGGCGCUCUUCCGGGUGUGGGACGUGGUGCUGUGUACCAAUGACGGAAGCACGUUUCUCUUCCAGGUUGCGCUGGCCCUGCUCAAGCUCAACGAGAGCAAUUUAUUACAAUGCGACACGCCAGCGGGGGUUUACACUUAUAUCAACCACCACAUGACGGAACAUGCCAUUAGCAUUGACGGAUUGAUUCAGGCGAGCGAGGGGCUGAGGAAGGUUGUUCGAAGGGAAGACGUUGAGCAGCGUCGGGCAAAGGCGAUUCAAGCUGAGAAAGAUAUGCAUGCUGGAUCGAACAGGACAGAGACGGAUGCUGUGUCGACUAAUACGGAUGCGACGGAGACUGGGGAUGUUGAUGAGGGUGAUGAGGAUUCGAGCUGA